AUGCAGCACGCUGGAGUGGGCGCCAAUCUGGUGGACGAAAAGGCUUUGUACAGCGCAUUGUCGGAAGGGAAGACGAAGAUUCAGGAUCCUCCAGCGCUGGAUGCUAGUCAGUAUCGGGACUAUGAGGAUCGAGCGUGCCAAACUGAAGAAGCACUGGAACAGAGAAUCUCUCCGACUGAGGAUCUAAGGGUCGAGCUCGCUGACGAGCAAGCCGCUAAUCGCGUACUGCAGCUGGAAUUGGACGAUCUCCAAGGAGAACUCUCUCAGAAGCGUUCCACGGAAUCAGCGGCCACCUCGGAGCUUGCUCUUGCGCGGACGGAGCUUGAAGAGGUCAAGGCUGAUGCCUUGCGCCAUGCUGCAGAACUCGAAAAUCUCAAGCGCGAGACCGAUGAAGCACACCAGCAGACUGAUAGUCGGAUUGACGGCUUGGAAGUCGCACUUGCUACCGCGCAGGACGCUGAGCGGGCCUCUCAAGCCAGGAUAGAGGAUCUCGAAGCCAGUCUUGCCGCAGAGCGUGGGAAGGGAGCGGCAGCCACAUUGGCACUUGCCGGCGCGCGCGAAAAGCUCAAGCAUAUCGAAGCGGAGGUUGAGCGUCACAAGCACGAAGCCGAAGCGCAAGCCCGCGAGGCCGACGAGGCACGCCAGCAAGCUACUGCUGAGAUUGACAGGUUGAAAGCCGAUCUCGCCACCGCACGCGAUUCGGAACGUGCUGCCCAAGUCAAGAUAGACGAAGUAGAAGCUGAGCUUGCUGCGGAGCGUGCGGGUGGUGCGACUGCAUCACAGGAGAUCGCGGAGCUACGCGAGGAACUUGAACAGUCGAUAGCGGCGGACAUACAUCGUGACAGGGAAGAUAAAGAUCGCGCGCGCGAGUCAGACGAAGCCCGCCAGCGAAUCACUACUGAGAUCGACCGCCUGACUGCCGAGCUCACCACCGCACGGGACGCGGGUCGUACUUCGCAUGCUAGAGCGCAGGAACUUGAAGCCGAACUCGCCGCAGAGCAUACGGAGAAGGCAGCUACUUCACUGAUUCUUGCUGAUCUGCGCAAGGACUUCGAACACGCACAAGCGGAGGCCAGGCGCCAUAAGCGGGAAAGUGAAGAUCGCGCACGAGAGAUAGACAGAACUCGCCAGCAGACCACAAGCGAGAUUGACGGCCUGAAAGCCGAGCUCACCGUUGUCCAGGAAACGCGUCGUGCCUCUCAGAUUCGCAUAGAGGAGCUUGAAGCGCAGCUUAUUGCGCAACAGGCAAAUGAGGCGGCUGCUUCACUGGCGCUUUCUGAGCUGCGCGAGAAACUGGAGCAGACAGAAGUGGAGAUCGGACUGCGCGAAGAAGAGGCGAAAGAUUACGAACGCGAGGCCGACGAAGCGCGCCAGGAAGCUACGACUCAGAUAGAUGCCCUGAAAGCCGAGAUUUCCGGCGCACAGAUUGCGGACCGCGCCUCUCAAAGCAAGAUUGACAAGCUAGAAGCCGAUCUUGCCGAGGCGCGCGAAGAGCUUCGAAGUGCCGAGGCAGAGGCAACUCGUUACGAGCGAGACGCCGAAGAGCGAACGCGCGAAAUCGACGAAGUACGCCGGAAAACUACUUUCGAGAUUACCGCUCUGAAAGCCGAUCUCGCCGCCGCCUCUUUUACGAGUCAUCCCUGA